GAAACAAAAAUGCCGCUGAAUUAUAAGAAUUUUGAUGAAAUAUGAAAACAUUAUUAAUUUUUGUUAUUUUCUAUAUACUAUUGGUGUUACAUAAAUGCCUUCCACUACAUUUUAAACAUAAACCAAAAAAAAAACAAGUAAUUACUGGACAUGCAAGAGAUGUCAUAAACCUUUUAAAUAGUUCAUCAACUAACAGAAAUGAAACAAUUGACAAAAGAUUUUUUGGAAAACAAUUAGGCUUUUCAUAUGAUCGAGAUAAAGAAUCAAGGGAAAAUAAACCUGCCGUAUUAAAAAAUUUGGAAAACCAUCAAGGAAUUCACACAGGAUAUCAUGAUGAAGAAAAUUGGGGUAAUGAUGAAGAUCGACGACACUCUAAAAAAUCACCAAGAAAAGAUAGUGUACAUGACGAUGAAGAAAAAGGUGAUAAAUUGUUUGGAGGAGAAAGAGUAGAUCACAACGAGCACACAAAGUUUUCAAACGAUUUAAUGUCAAAGUUAGGCUUUACAUUUCAUGGAGGUAGAGUUCACAUGGAUGAAGAUGGACAUCUUGUUCAAGGUGAUCCCAAUAGCAGAGGUAAUAGUUUAGUUGGUGGCAGAGGCGGAGAAUAUAGCAAAAAUGACGAAGACGAAGAUGAAAAUGAUAACGAUGAGAGUGAAGAAAAAGAAGAUACUAAAACAAAGAAGCACAAAGAUACAAGUAAAGAAGAUGGAGAAGAUGAAGAUGUGACAACACACCAUCAUAUUGGACCAUUUCCUUUUGCGCCUUUACCUCAAGGUUAUCAUAAAGGACGUGGUCCAGAAAACGAACCUGAUGACGAUGAAGAAGACAGAAUUAAAGACGAAAAAGAAGAAAGAGAAGACAGAGCAUUGCGCAAAAAAGAAAAAGAAGAAGAGGAAGAAGAAGAAGAAGAAGAAGAAAAAGAAGAGGAAGAAAAAGAUUUUAAAAAACCAGUUGCGCAUCAUCAUAAAAAAAAGAAGAAAAAUUACAGUGAAGCCGAUGAAAAUCCCUAUCAUCACCAGGAGCACGUGUCUAUUGCUGAAGAGGAAAGUGACAAAGAAAAAGUUGGCUUACCGCUAAAGUUAAAUAAAAAAGAAAACUCUAAAGCAAUCGAUGAUGAAACGCAACGAAAGGACAACAAAUCAGUAUCAGAAGAUAAAAAGUCGCAAAAUAUCGUAUUUGUUUUGAAUGGGAAAGAAGGUUUGGAAGAAAUCAAGAAUAUGAACGGCUUUAAUGAUAUUAUCAAAACUUUGACAGAUAAAGCAAAAAGUAGCGAAAACUCUUCUAUUAUUAACCGUCUUGCUAUUGUUAAUAAUCAAGGAUCUUCGGUUGUAAACAACACAUUAUCUACUGCAAUACCAAUUUCUGUUGAAAACAAAGUUAAUUUGCCUUUAUCCACUCAGCAAAACGCAUUAACCCCGGUAGUUAAAGAAGUUAAGCAAGCAACAUAUGUUUCACCAGUGGAAAAUAACAAACAGGCAAACAUAUUAUCUGGCUCUGAAUUUGUUUCUGCAACAUCAGGAAACCUAGUUUCUUUAAAUCAAAUAAAUAAAAAUUCUCCACAAGUCUCAUCAACAGAAAUAAAGUUAGAACCGUCUCCAACUCAAACCAAUAGUGUAUCAUCAACAAGUGAUUUUAAUGUCGGUUCAAAUCUAGGUUUUUCAAAACCAGGUUCUACUAACAACGGUAUUUUACAAAGUCCAUCAUCAUUUAUUUCUGAAGUUUCCAUGCCACCCGUUAUUCAAAACGCCCACGCUAACUUUUAUACUCAAGGAAAUCAAGGUACCCAAAGUAAUAUAGCUUCAUUAGCUACUCUUAGUAACUUAGGUGCUCAAGGUAAAUAUUUAAUAAAUAAUGAUUUCAAGACCAAUUCCCCCAUACAACAAGAUGGAGAACAAAUAGUUUCUAAAACCGUCCGCAAUGAUUUUUCUGCUGGCAUUAAUCAGAUUCAGAGCCCGGGUGAAAGUAAUUAUGGAAUUUCAUCAGCUAAAGUUACUAAUGAUUACUCAAAAAUAGGAAAUUUAAUUAAAGAAAAUGCUGAAACCUUGUCACCUGGUCAGAACUAUAUACUCUCUAACGAAAAAAUAUCUUCAACGCAUAACAAUAAUGAUGUUAUGAAAUCAAGACCAUCUGGAGAACUAACAACGGAAAAACUUAUUUUACGGCAUGAGCCACCACAAAUACCACAAACAGAUAAUGAUGAACAAAAUGAAAAACUAAUCUCAAAAAUUCUUUUUAGGCUUCAAGAAGAAAAAUUAAAAACUCAACCUCUUGGCGAAAACCAAGGAAACGGAGCAACAGAUAAAAUUGCCGAAGUAAUCAGAAAGCCAACUCGACUAAACGAACCUAAAUCUCUGACUGUUUCACAAAUAGAGGAAAUGAAAGAAGAUGAAAGUGAAAAUCAAAACGAAUCACCAUCCCGAUUUAAGACCCACAAACGUCUUGCUAAUCCAAAGGAAACGGAAGCAGAAACUUCAGAAAACGAAAAAGUUCUUCAAGGAGAUUUAGAAUUUAAACAACCAUCGUUUCAAAAAGUUAUUGUUACUGAAAGGAAAAAAAAAAAUAAACAACUUACAAAGUUACUUUCCGAUGAUAAUGAAAACGACGAACCCAAAUCAUCAACUUUGCCUAUUUCUGAAGAGAGAAAAGCAUUGUUUAAAAAAGUCAACGAUGCCCUCGAUCACACUUUUUCAAAAGUGUCUCCUGAGGAAACCUCGUCAGAGCCUACAUUUAACAAAAGUCCGUUAGCUGAAGCACCUAACAGCGUACAAAAAUCUGACUCAAAAGGGCCAGUAGUUUCAUAUCGUCAUCGAAGUUUUUAUAACGAAAAAACUGCUAGCGAUGAAGACUUACCAACAACAAAUAUUCUUAAUCACGAUAAAUUUCGUGUAAUAAAUAAUAACAUUGCAAGAGUUUUGCAUUGUCAAAGGUGUGAAACAAAUCCACCUAAUAAUAGAGAUGUUUUAGAAAAAGAACCCUCUGGUUUUGAUUUAGUAUUUGUUAAAACGAAUAAAACCUAAACGUUGUAGAAAAUUUACACAUUUUUCCAGACUCUGAUUAAAAGGAUUCAAAUCUCUUAAUUUUAUGACUUAAAAUUAUCUAAGCAUGGUAUCUGAUAUCUCAUGUAUCCUGACUUAUUAUUUUACUUUAACAGCAGGUGGAUGUAAAGUAAAAGUCUGUGUGUUGUUGACUGUUUGGUAUGUCUGGAAUGUUCUUUUACAGAAAAAAAUUUGUGUCACUAAGUUAAAUCAUUUUCAAGGACUACCAACUUAUACUUGUAGUUACAAACAAAAAAAGAGGCAACACUAGGCAUCACUAAUAGUUAACUAGCAUUAAUCGAAGAUUAAGUACUUUGAAAAAGACAAGAGAUAACUCUUAUUGAAAAGCUUGCUUGAAAGACCAAAAAAAAUUGAACUUUAUGGAUAAUUGUCUUGAAAAUUUUUUCAAAAAGUUUUUAAAUAUAUUUUGAUUGACUCAGCUCGCCUCUUUUGCCCAGUUCAGGGACUUCUCAUGUAUGCAACCGAGGAAAACCUUUUUACCUGUAGCAAAGAAUUUUUUUUUUUUUU